UGUCUUUGUCCUAGGUUUUAGCAGAUCUCAACCAUGCCAAUAACAAGUAAAAGCUCAAGUGGGAUGUCCUGGGUUCGUAGACCCUGUGUGUGUUUAUGUUUCUGGCGAUGGAAUCCAGUCUUUUACUUCUACAUUGUUGUUCUUCUGGUUCAGUCUACAACUGUCCUUGGAGUGCUUGAACUCCAGCUUGAUGAAGAGCAGCCAUCAGGAACUAUUGUUGGAGAUAUCAGUGCUGGUUUACCCCCUGGUGUCACUGCAAGUCUUUACUUCAUCUCAGACCAUGAGGGCACAGGUGUUGGCAGCGACCUCAACAUUGACGAGACCACGGGAAUCAUCACCACUGCACGCCGCCUUGACCGAGAACAGAGGGACCACUACAGUUUCAUUGCUGUGACAGUGACAGGGGAAACUGUGGAGGUUUCCAUCACUGUCAAUGACAUCAAUGACCACGCACCUGCAUUCCCCAAGAAGAAAGCUGUCCUUAAGAUUCCAGAGCACACAGCAGUAGGAACAAGGUUUUCACUGGAACCUGCGACAGAUGCAGACAAGGACCAUCUGACCACACAGGGCUACGGCAUUCAAGAAGGCAACGUUGGACAGGCUUUCAGGUUGGAGACUAAAAGAGCUGCCAACAAGAUGCUGUAUCUAGACCUGGUAGUCAACGGACCACUGGACAGAGAGAAACGAUCAUCCUACACCCUGACCCUGGAGGCCUUUGAUGGUGGUUCACCCAGAAGGAUGGGAUCCAUGAUCCUGGAUGUGAGCGUGACAGACAUCAAUGAUCAUGCUCCACUUUUCAAUCAAAGCAGAUACCAUGCAAUUAUCUCAGAAAACCUCAGACAAGGCAGCAGCAUCCUUCAGGUCUUUGCAACAGACGAAGAUGAGGGUGAUAAUGGUCUGGUUCUUUAUGAAAUCAACCGGCGUCAGAGCGAUCCUGACCGCUACUUUGUUAUGGAUAUCAAGUCAGGCGUCAUCACUCUGAACAGACCUCUUGACUAUGAACAAAAACGUGUACAUGAGCUGGUGGUCCAAGCCAGAGAUAAUGCCAGCCAUCCUGAGGUGACCAAUGCUUUUGUGACUAUCCAUGUCCGUGACUACAAUGACAACCAGCCAACUAUGACCAUAAUCUUCCUCAGUGAGGACGGCUCUCCACGGAUCUCAGAAGGGGCCCAACCAGGCCAGUAUGUAGCUCGGAUAUCUGUCACUGAUCCAGACUAUGGCGAGUAUGCAAAUGUCAAUGUGUCCCUAGAGGGAGGCGAUGGAAAGUUUGCUCUUACCACCAAAGACAGCAUCAUCUACCUGAUAUAUGUGGACCAAGUGUUGGACAGAGAGGAGCGGGAUUCAUAUGACCUCAGGGUGAUGGCCACGGACUCUGGCACCCCACCGCUCAGGGCCGAGUCAUCUUUCACCAUCCAGGUGAUGGAUGUUAACGACAACCCCCCGCUGUUUGACCAGCAGGCCUACAGGCAAACUAUUCCAGAGGUCGUGUACCCCGGUUCCUUUGUUCUCCAGGUUACUGCCAGGGACAAAGACCAGGGCCCUAAUGGGGAUGUCCGGUAUAGCCUUCUCAAGGACAAAAACUCUCACUCUGAUUGGUUUUCCAUUGACUCUGUAACAGGAAUCAUCACCACAGUGAGUGCUCUUGAUUUUGAAUCAGAGCCGGCACCAACUGUGACGGUCAUUGCAACUGACAACGGCCGCCCGCCGCUCUCAUCCACGGCCAAGGUGGACAUUGUGCUCCAGGAUGUUAACGAUAACACACCUGUGUUCUCCAGCAACUUCUACAAUGCUUCCAUAAAGGAGAACACCCCAGCUGGGACCUGCUUCUUAGAGGUGUCAGCCACAGAUGAGGACCGCGGUUCCUUCGGUGCCAUAUCAUACACCCUGGGUUCAGGCUCUGGGGGUCCAACACCAAGUCACUUUACCUUAGAGAAGGAGAAGGGCGAGCUGUGCCUCAGCACAGCUCUGGACCGGGAUGAGGGGCCAGACAAGUUUGACUUAACUGUAACCGCCACGGAUGGAGGUGGUCUGAGCUCAGUAGCCCGGGUGAGGGUCUCAGUGGUGGACAUUAAUGACAACCGGCCCACCUUCUAUCCGGCCCUCUACACAGUCAGUCUCAGUACCCACAGCGCCCCUGGAACCUCUGUUGUCAAGGUAACAGCAAAUGACCCCGAUGCUGGGGAAAACGGCAAGGUGACAUAUCGCACAGUGCCUGGAGGCGGCUCUGCUUUCUUUACCCUCAACAAGGACACAGGUGUGAUCUCUCUCUCCCGCUCACUUCACGGCAAGGCCAACACUGUGAUCUCCAUGGUCAUAACGGCUGAGGACGGCGGCGGUCUGACGGCGCCUGUCAACGCCCGGGUGAAUGUGAGCGUGGUGGGCGGGUCAGUGACAUCACCCGUGUUUGAACAGGCACAGUAUUUCUUCACUGUGUCCGAGUACGUCCUCAGAGGUACCGCUGUGGGUGUGGUCCGUGCUGCCACCAAGUCUGGAGACGGCAUUUCUAAAGACAUCUUCUACUCCAUUUCUUCUGGAGAUCCUGAUGGUUAUUUCACAGUGGACAGUGGCUCUGGUACCAUCCGUACAGCUCUUCCUUUGGACCAUGAGACCUGUUCCAGCUUUGACCUGGAAAUACAGGCACGCUCUGGCACACCACCAGCGUAUUCAACCAGCCGGGCACACAUCACUGUCUCAGACAUCAAUGACAAUGCUCCGACCUUCCUCCCCUCCUCAUCAGAAUCUCUCCUUUUACCUGAGAUCACCAAAAUGGGGAGCAUCAUCUACCGCAUUCAAGCCACUGACAGGGACUCUGGCCAUAAUGGUCAGCUCAGCUUCGACCUGGUCUCCGCUGGAGCUGCAGGUAGCAGCGGACAGAGGACAUUUGGUGUUGACCGGGGCAGUGGGGAAAUCCGUCUUAUUGGGAGUUUGUCAUAUGAAAGUGUUCCUCGCUAUGACCUUCAGGUCGUUGCCAAGGAUGGAGGCACACCCCAUCUUAGUUCCACCUUCACACUUGUAGUGCACAUCCAAGCACAGGAUGCACAAGGCCCCAACUUUGACACUUUGACCUACCGCGUGGAGCUACGAGAAAACACACCUCUGAAUACAAAUUUUCUCCAGGUUAGAGCGCUCAACCGCGAGGUUGCUGGGAAGAGUGGUGGAUCCUCUUCCUCAUCCUCCUCAUCUAUUUCAUACUGUCUGAGACCUGACGGUGACACUGCCGGGUUUGGUAUCAUGCCGGAUAGUGGCUGGCUGUUUGUUCGUAGCUCUCUGAACCGUGAGGUUAAGGACAUGUAUCUGUUGACUGUCUUGGCCACCUCACUCACCGGAGGAGCAGGGAGGACUGGCAGUGCCACUGUGAGAGUGACAGUUACUGACGAGAAUGACAAUUCACCCAGACUGAGCCAAGAGAGGGUCUUCCUGGCUGUCAGAGAGAACCUGCUCGCAGGGACAGGUUUCGGCAGAGUGUCAGCAACAGACAGAGAUGCAGGUCUAAAUGCUCGACUCACCUACAGGCUACUGCACCCCGACAGGCAUUUUCAGAUCAACUCUCAGACAGGUGAAAUCAGCACCCGCCUUCCACUGGACAGAGAGCAGCAGUCCAGUUACCAACUGGUUGUGGUGGUACAGGAUGGAGGAACACCACCACGCAGUGCCACCGGCACCGCUCAUAUCACAGUGCUGGAUGAAAAUGACCACGCUCCCAGUUUCACACAUACUAGGCCGGACAGGGAACUGCUACUCCAGGUGAUGGAGGGUCUUCCAUCUGAGACCGUGGUGGGGGCAGUGACAGCUAAAGAUCCCGAUGAGGGAGAAAAUGGCACCAUUUACUACUCACUGUCAGGUGCCAGAGCAGAGCGUUUCUCCCUCAACCCAACCAACGGGGAGCUGAGAACGGCUUCGCCUCUCAGAUUUGCUGAGCGAGCUGAAUAUACCUUCACCGUGACCGCUGCUGACCGUGGAACACCGGGUCUCAGCUCUGCCUGUCAGAUACAGAUACAGGUUCUCACCUCUGCCAAGUCUAAUGCCAAAUCCAAUGUGCUCGCCAUGACCUUGAGCACAGUUGAAGGGACUGCUCCAGGCUCCAUUAUUGGCUCAGUUCGCCAAUAUGACCAUCAUGAAUCCAAUCAUCUGGAAGGCCAGGUGACCUAUCUGGUUGUUGGCGGGACAGACCGAGAUGGGAAUUUUAUGGUGGAUCGUUUGAAGGGUGAUGUGUACCUGGUACGUGAGCUGGAUUACGAAAAGGGUUCGAGGUACACACUGCACAUUGAGGUGUCAGAUUUCUCCCAGGCAUUUCCCAGCAGCCACCUGGUGCAUUUGGAUAUCAGUGUUCAGGACAGCAAUGACCAUGCUCCCCAGUUCACAGAAGAUCCUGUUACCAUUGUGGUCCCAGAGAACAUAGAGCCAGGGUCUUCCAUAUACUCCUUCCAGGCUGUGGAUCAGGAUGGCAGUGGACCAAACAGCAAGUUACAUUACUCUAUAGAGCACCACUGGCCUGACACGCCUCAUCUCCUCACCCUUGACCCCUACAGUGGGGUCUUAUCUCUGAGGCAGAAGUUAGACCGUGAAUCUACACCCUCCCUGUAUCUUGUGGUGCGAGCCACAGACCAGGCAAAGAAUCCAUCAAAGCGCCGAUGGGGUUCAGUCACCGCACGAGUGUUUGUGACAGACGAAAAUGACAAUGCUCCAAUUUUCACCUCACCAUCUGCCGUCAGCGUCAUGGAGGACCAACCCGUAGGCUUUGUAAUUCUGUAUUUAAUGGCUCGGGAUGACGAUGAAGGGGAGAACGGACGGGUUUCUUACAGAAUCCAGGCAGGCAACAGCGCUGGAUGCUUCAGUCUGAACGUCAACACUGGUUCUCUUUCCAUCCUUAAAGCUCUAGACCGAGAAGACCAGGAUGUCUUCAAUCUGACUAUUGUAGCGGAGGAUCAUGGGAUGUCUCAGCUGUCCACCUCUCAGGUGUUGCGUGUGCAGGUGAUCGAUGUGAACGAUGAAGUCCCGCUGUUCCAGCGAGCAGAGUUUGAGACGGAGGUGAUGGAGAACCAGGGACCAGGAACCACAGUGCUGAAAAUCACUGCCACCGAUCGAGACCAAGGUUCUAAUGGUCAUGUGACAUAUGGAGGUGUGACAGAGGAAGGCUUCAUCAUCAACCCUGUGACAGGAGUCAUCACCACCACCAAGGAACUGGACAAAGAGCUGCAGGACCACUACACCCUCACCGUGUAUGCCAAGGAUGGAGGGCUGCCACCUAACUUUGCCAAGGCAGUUGUCCGAGUGGAGGUGCAGGAUGUCAAUGACAAUGCUCCAGUCUUUGCAAAGCCGUGGUACCAGCUGGAGGUGCCGGAGAACCAGGCGCCUGUGGAGCUUUGCUUCCUGCGGGCCACAGACCCUGAUUCUGGUGCUUUUGGAGAGUUGGAGUACAGAAUCAGUGCUGGGGACCCUGAUGGAGAUUUCCAUCUUCACACCAGCACGGGAGCCCUUUCCACCUCUCGUGGCCUCGACAGGGAGUUAAAGGCUGAGUACACUCUGGAGGUUGUGGCUGCAGACCGGGGCAGUCCUGCUCUUAGCACCACAGCCACAGUAGCAGUCAAAGUGCUGGACGUCAAUGACAACAGCCCCGUCUUCAGCAGCAGCAGCUACUCUGUGGACGUGCCCGAGGAUGCCGACGAGGGAGCUCAGGUGUUGCAGGUGACCGCCACAGAUGCUGACGAUGAUCAGAACGGGAAUGUUUUGUACUUCCUCAGCCGAGAGGCGCAUGGAGCGUUCACUGUGGAUCAGAGCACCGGUCGUAUCACCACGUCAGCACCUCUUGAUCGCGAGAAAUGGGCAUCUUACAGCUUCCAGGUGUUUGCUGUUGACCUUUCACCUGCUGCACCGAGAAACACAUCCGCUCAGGUGACAGUCAUCAUUCUAGAUGUCAACGACAACACUCCCUUCUUCAUCCAGGAUCCCUUGAUCAUUGAAGUUUCCAGCAAGCGGUCGCAGCGUGUCCUGGCCACCAUGAAGGCAGAGGACAAGGACUUUGGAGCCAACGGCUCUGUGUUUUACCGUUUUGCUGCCCCAGUGAAGGGCUUCAGCAUCAACUCCCUGACUGGUGAGAUCCAAGCUACAGAACCACUGGUGGGUUUGACCCAAGCUCAGAGGACCCUGAUAGUGGAGGCCAUGGACCAGGGUAGCCCGGCCCAGUCUGCACAGGGGGUGGUGGUGAUCUACGUGAAGGAGGUAGAGUAUAAUGGCAUCCGUUUCUCUCGGAAUGCGAGGGAUGUCAGCAUACAGGAGAACGCCACCAAAGGCACAGCUGUAGUCCAAGCUCAGGCCCGACAUCCAGAUGGCACACGGAAGGGUAUCAGCUACAGUCUGUUCAGUGGCAACAGGAAGCACGCCUUCAGCAUCAGCUCCUCAACAGGUGAGAUCUUGGUGCAGAACUCCAAAGAGUUGGACUUUGAAGACACUCCCAGACUCCGCCUUGUCGUGAAAGCUGAAACUGUGUCCUCUACUUCCUUCAUGGCUGUCAACUUAAUCCUGCAGGAUGUUAAUGACAACCUUCCUCGCUUCCAGCUCCAGAACUAUGUGGCCUACAUGAGAGAGGCACAGGGAUAUGAAAUGCCAAUCAUACAGGUUGUAGCUGAGGAUGUGGAUCAGGGCCAAAAUGGUCAGGUGACCUACUCCAUCCAGUCAUCAGGGAUGAGUGGCUUGUUCAAAAUUGACCCAGUAACAGGAAGCAUCACCACAGCCGCCAUCAUGGACCGCGAGAUUUUUACCCAGACAAGGCUAGUAGUUACAGCCACUGAUCGAGGAAGUCCACGAUUGGCUGGUUCGGCCACACUGACAGUGAUCAUUGUUGACCAGAAUGACAACAGUCCCACUAUCCCUUUGCCCCAGGAAGUCCGUAUUCCAGAGAAUACAUUGAUUGGAACAGAAAUAACUCUUGUGACCGGUAACGAUGUCGACUCCAGUCCUGCUCUCUCCUACUCCUUGCAGCUGGAUCCAUCAGCCUCAGGCAAAUUUGGGAUUCACAGAUAUGGCGGGGGUGUGUCUCUGACUGCUCCUCUGGACUUUGAGGAGAAGACCUGGUACACACUAAUGGUCAGAGCCACAGACAGCCAACACCAGACUGAGGCCAACAUUACCAUACUGGUGGAGGAUAUAAAUGAUAACGCGCCCACCUUCACUCAGGAUCUCUAUCAGGUAACGUUACCUGAGCACACACCACCAGGAAGUGUUGUUCUCACUGUGACUGCAACCGACAGAGACUCUGGAGACAACGGGAAAAUCACCUACAAAGUGAUUUCUUCAACCAGGGAUGGAUUCUACAUUGACCCCAAUAAUGGAAUGUUGUUCAUCAAUCACAGGGCAGAAUUUGACCCCGAACGCCCCUCAGUCAGUGUAGUCAUUGAAGCUUGUGAUGGAGGCAUGCCUUCACUCUCCUCUCUCACCACAGUCCAGAUCCAAAUUUCCGACGUGAAUGACAAUGCUCCUGUCUUCCAUCAAUCAGAGUACAGGGCUACUAUUCCCGAGGAUACAAUCCCAGGGUCAACUGUUCUAACGUUUGAGGCUUUUGACAGCGACCUCUCACAGGAAAACUGCGGCUUCGACUUUGCCAUUGCCAAUGGCAAUGAAGGGAAUGCAUUCCAGAUUGAAAGCAGUGUACGCUUCCUGGAGGGACGAGGCUUUCAAACUGUUGGGACGUUGUUGUUGGCUGAGGGACUUGACUUUGAGAUCAAGCCACUUUACAAUCUGACUGUGGUGGUGUCAGACCGCGGUGUUCCCCAAAGAAGCUCUCGUGUUGCUGCAGUAAUAACUAUCAGUGAUGUGAAUGAUAACCCUCCACUGUUUAGCAGAGCAGAAUACACCGUUUCACUGAGUGAGGGAGCUGCUGCUGGGACUGAAAUCAUACGUCUAACGGCCACAGACCAAGAUUCUACAGCCAAUGCUGAGGUCCAUUAUACAAUUAGUUCUGGUGAUGAAGUCAACUUGUUUUCCGUGGACCAGUGGACUGGAGCUCUGCGGCUGAACCGCUCCCUUGACCGUGAACACCAAUCAACACAUACUGUCAUCAUCCAGGCCACAGACGGUCAUGGUCACUUUGCACUAGCUCCAGUCACCAUUGAGGUCAAAGACAUAAAUGACAAUCAUCCUUUCUUUCCUGUGGAAGUUUUAACAUCCAGUAUAAGAGAGAAUCAACCAGCAAAUUCAGCAGUGACAGUACUCCACGCAAUUGACCAUGAUACGGGAGUUUUUGGCCAACUCAAGUACUACAUUGUAGAAUGGUCUGGAGCAGGAAAAGACAGCUUCUCUGUGGAUAAGAAUUCAGGAGAAAUCAGGACCAAAAUGUCUUUUGACUUUGAGAAAAUCAGCUCCUUUAAUUUUGUAGCAGUGGCAGUAGAUUCCGGCAACCACUCGGCCACUGUGACUGUUCAGGUUUUUGUCACUGGUGAAGAUGAGUAUGACCCAUUUUUUACAUCUUCUGAGUUUUCUUUUGAAGUCCCAGAAGGAGCCAAGAAGGGCCAGAGUAUUGGCCAGGUCCAGGCCAGUGAUGAAGAUGGAGGGGUGGAUGGCAUAGUUCUGUAUUCUCUUCCUACCAGUUCUCCAUAUUUUGAUGUGAACAAAACCACUGGGGUGAUUUUCCUCAAACUGGACAGUUCAGGCAGCAGUAGUAGCAGUGGGUCAGGUCGCACCAAACGGGAAACCAGGGUGAUGACUAUGGAUGUGACAGCUCACAGUCCUCUAGAUACAUCUCGCACUGCAACAGCUGAGAUCUCAAUAGAUGUCACAACCACUAACUUUGGCCUGCCCCCUGAUGUCAACAUCCUGUUGAUUAGCAUCAUUGCUGUUUCACUUGGUGUUAUUGUACUCCUUGUAGUCAUGGCUGUGAUGGUUUUCCUAGUCAAGUUGCACAGAAGAAAGAAGGGCCAAGAUCCAGGGAACAGAACCGCUGCCUCGGGAACAGCCCUUCAGAAAAUGGAUGAUUGCAAUUCAGGACAAGGUGGAGAAAGAAUCUACCACCAGACCUUACCGGGCUAUGUUGGGGACCAAGCAGGAGCAGGUGGAGGUGCAUACCCUAGAGGAGGCUCUUUAGACCCGUCUCACUCAAGUGGGAGAGGAUCAGCUGAAGCAGCUGAGGAUGAUGAAAUCAGAAUGAUAAAUGAAUAUCCCCGUGUUGCCUCUAUAACCUCAUCUAUGCAGGAGCAUAUUUCAGCUAGAGGACCAGACUCUGGAAUACAGCAGGAUGCUGAUCAACUCUCUGACAUCUCUUGUGAGCCUGGAGCUUUGGAAGGCAGCACCUGGUUCAAAGGGAAAAAACUGGGAAGUAGUCUCAGUGGGACUUUACUUUCUGGCCAGCUCCCACUCUAUAGAGAUGAAGGUGGUGGAUACCUUGGGGUAGGUCGUGGCCUGAAUAUUUCCCUGCCAAAGGAUUAUGCCUUCCCUGAGGAUGGUAAACCUUCAGUAGAUGGCUCUCUCACAGCUAUUGUUGCCAGUGAUGAGGAGCUUCGUGGAAGUUAUAACUGGGAUUACUUGCUCAACUGGUGCCCUCAGUUCCAGCCUUUAGCUAAUGUCUUUACAGAAAUUGCCAGAUUGAAAGAUGAAACAGCCCAACAAACCCAGAAUCUGCGCCAGCCCUUCCAGCCCAAGCCGAAAAUGGAUCCUAAACCUAGAAUUGACCCUCCACCACUCAUCACAUCAGUGGCCCACCCAGGUGCCAUGUCAGUACCACCUAAAGUCCCGGUGCUUGGACGGACAUUUCCUCAUUUGGCAUCACUACGUAGGUCCCCUAUAAGCCAUGAGGGCUCAAUCUCAUCUGCAGCUAUGUCCCCAAGCUUCUCCCCUUCUCUUUCUCCACUGGCAGCUCGAUCUCCAGCUGUGUCUCCCUUUGGAGUUAACCAAGGCCCCUCUGCAUCCAUGAUCAGCACCAGGGAGCCCUCACUAGACCAGAGUUCUGAUCAUGAGAUGAGAAUAUGAUGGUAAAACACUUUGAAAUAUCGAAGACAGACAACCUGAACAAGACAUGAUAGAACAUCCAUCUGAGUGUUCUGCUUCAUGGAAGAUCAAGUGAGCAAAGCAUUCUUACAGAUACUUAUUUUCAUCUUACAAAUGAAGUUUUGACAAAUAUUCAGACAUCUUCUUGUCUGACCACAUCUUGAUUACUGACAGUCAGUGGUCUAGAUAUGAAUUUGGGACAUAAAUACAAAGACAAGAAAGGACAAAGGACUCAGUCUUCACCUAGUAGAACAUGUCUGUUGCUGUUGACCUAAUAGUAUUAAUACACCAUGGUGGAACAGGUGCUGGGUUCACAGGACCAGGACCCAAAGCCCUUUCAUGUUCACAGUGAUGCAGAUCUGUAUGAACUGAUCAAGUUGAAAAGGUCUCACAUUCAGGGGAAUGUGCACUUACCUUGCCCCUCAGUUUGUCAAUAGAGACGUGCAGUUUUACCUCACUGGCUGGCCAGAGAGUUAGGAACAUUGUUCCUCGUCUUGUGUCUUUGGAUAUUUUUACACUCCAGUAUUGAACUACCCUUGUAGCUGCUUUUAUAACAGCUUUUGUACUGUACAUCUCAGUGAAUCCUAAAGACACUGAUUCACUGAAUUGCCAACGUAUGACAUUGUAACAGGAACGGACAUUAUUGUUUGCCUCAACAUUUCAGAUGAAACUUGUGUUGAUUUUACUGUUAUUUUUUAUAUAUUUUUAUACAAAAUUAUGAUUUCUGAACCUGAAAUGCCAUUAUGCCACAUCGAGAGGUUAUUGUAAGUAUUUGCGUAUAUGUAUAUUUGUUUGUUUGCAAGCUAUGCUAUGUACUGUACCUGUCUUCUAUGUUUUAAGAGACUCUUUGUUUAUGAGACUUAGAGGCUCUUGUUUGUGUUUAUUUAUACGAAAAGAGGGCUUGUUCCCACAUUUAUAACAUUAGUAAAUCAAACCUAACUCACA